UGCUCCUCCUCCCACUCCCCUGCUAUGGUUAUCAAAAGUUGAAUAGCACAUAAAACUCGUUGCUCCUUCUCCCACUCCCCUGCUAUGGCUAUCAAAAGUUGAAAUCGCUAACCAAUCAUAUUUAUCUCAUAAAUACCAAUAGAAACAAUUUACAAUCUCUAGGAAGAUAAGGCAACUUAACAGGACAACAACAAUUACGCCUUAGUCCCAAAUAAAGUUGGGGUCGGCUGUUUGUGUGACAGGGUUAAGAAAAAAUGAUGAGACUACAAACUUAUGCGGGGCUUAGUGUAAUGGCUACACUAGCUGUCAUUUAUCAUCCCUUUAGCAGUAGAGGCCAGUUUUACCCAGCAAUGGUUUAUUUAUCGACAUCUAAGAUCAGUCUGGUGCUUCUCCUCAACAUGGGUCUGGCCAUUAUGUGCAUUUUAUGGCAGCUAACCAAGAAAGUUUUCCUUGGUACUCUUCGGGAGGCAGAGGUGGAGAGGCUAAAUGAACAAUCAUGGCGGGAACUCAUGGAAAUACUUUUUGCAAUUACUAUUUUCCGCCAAGACUUCUCUGUGAUUUUUCUUGCCAUGGUUACCGGACUAUUGUUUAUCAAGUCUUUGCAUUGGUUGGCUCAGAAACGGGUUGAGUAUAUUGAAACAACUCCAGCGGUUACUAAGUUGUCCCACAUUCGAAUAGUCUCUUUCAUGGGCUUCCUCCUCCUCAUUGAUAGUAUCUUUUUGUACAACUACAUGAACCAUUUGAUACAGACAAGACAGGCUUCUGUUUCUCUCUUCUUUGCAUUUGAGUACAUGAUACUCACUACAACAACUGUUGCAACAUUUGUGAAAUAUACAUUCCAUGUAUGUGACAUGCUUAUGGAAGGACAAUGGGAGAGGAAGGCCGUAUAUACUUUCUACUUGGAGCUUAUUCGGGACUUGCUCCACUUGACCAUGUACAUGUGCUUCUUCCUCAUGAUUUUCAUCAAUUAUGGUGUGCCUCUGCACUUGAUUCGGGAACUUUAUGAGACAUUCCGCAACUUCAAGAGUCGAGUUGCUGAUUACAUACGCUAUCGAAAAAUCACUUCAAAUAUGAAUGAUCGUUUUCCAGAUGCUACACCGGAAGAGCUCAAUGGAGGUGAUACCAUCUGUAUCAUUUGUCGUGAGGAGAUGACCACUGCCAAGAAACUUGUUUGUGGACAUCUCUUUCAUGUUAAUUGCCUCCGGUCAUGGCUAGAACGUCAGCACACAUGUCCUACAUGCAGAGCCCUUGUUGUACCACCUGAAAAUGGGACUGAUGUUGCAGGAUCUCGAUAUGCUCAGCAAGGCCCAGGAACAAGUUUUACAUCUCAAGGUUCGCAAGCAGAUCCCAGGACAAACAGCCAUGUUAGCCAGCACCAGGCUAGACUCCAAGCUGCAGCUGCUGCUGCUGCAAUUUAUGAGAAGUCCAUUGUUUAUCCUUCUGCACAGAUGCUACCCUGGUAUUAAUUAUCUCUUCUACGUCAACAUUGUAUUGCUCAUUUUCUUUGCAUAUUUAUGAGACCUUUCCCUCAGGAGUGCAUGUAAAUGGUGAAACCUACCUGACUAUCUUCCUUGAUAAGCAUAGUUAAAUUGACACUUCUCCAUGUUUUCAAUGGAACAUGGUCUCCUUUCUAUUUCUAACAAAUCAAAGUAAUUUUUUCCAAUCGGUAAUCUCGUUUUGCUCCACUUGUUUUCUUGAUUAACAUUAACGAAUAACACUCUCUGCAAAUUCAAAAGUAUGCGGUCCAUUUGAAAUGAAGGGAGAAGGGAAUCAUGAGUUGUCAUUUAACGUAUGUCAUUCGCAUCCCUUUGAAGAUAUUCACAUAAGCACUUGUCAUGUUGUGGGUCUGCUUUAUAUUGAAUGCGUUCCAUUGGAGAUUUGGCUUGUCAUGGAACCCUUAACUUUAUAGCAGGUGAAUGCUAAUUAAGUUGUCCAUAACUCGCAUGAGAAAUGACUUCCAAUAUGUAUUUCCUUGAUCAUGUGGUGUGAACUGGUGGUAGAUGCAGAGUGGUGGUUACCACUUCUAGUUUUUGAUAGUGUACCAUCCCGCCCCUUUUUCUCUCUCUUUUUUUGGCAGCUGACGAGGGGUUGGUUGAUCACGCCCAACUAUGCCU